UGUUCUUCUCUUUUUAUCCUUCCGCAGUUUCUCAACCUAAACUAUAAAGAGACGGCCCCUUCUCUCUCCGUCUCUUCCCUACUCAAAAGGAAAAAAAAAUUAGAGAAAAAACCAAUUUCUGAGAUUGGAUGGAAAUUCACUAAAACCCUAAAAGACUCUUUGUCAUCGGAAUAAGGCAACUCCUCAAGACUGGCAUUAUGGCCAGGUGGGAUGAGAUCCUGUCCCUUCCAGUACAGAAUCCUCCAACUUUGGAAUUUUCUGCCAAUGAUCUUGUUUGGUCGAAGAUUGAAGGUUGGCGUGACAAUAUAGAUAGACUUGCUCUUAUCCCGUUUGAUAGGGUGGCUGAUUUUGUAAGGGGUGAAUCUGCCAACAAAGAUUGUCCAACAAGAUUUCAUGUUGAAGCAAGACGACGUCGACCUACAGAAGCUUCUUACAAGCAAAAGGUUGAUGGCAUUCUUGAGUAUAUACUGUAUUGGUGUUCGUUUGGUCCUGAUGAUCAUCGGAAAGGUGGCAUUGUUCGACCAAGUAGGACUACGUACGUUCCAAAGAAGAAAAAUGCUGGUCGACCAAAUACUAAAAGAGGAUGCACCUGCCACUUUAUUGUAAAACGUUUAAUUGCUGAACCAUCAGUUGCACUUAUCAUAUAUAAUCAGGACAAGCAUGUGGAUAAGAAAGGUUUACCAUGCCAUGGCCCACAGGACAAGAAGGCUGAAGGAACGCGUGCCAUGUAUGCCCCAUACAUCUCUGAUGAGCUUCGGCUUCGUGUUCUUUCUUUACUGUAUGUUGGGGUCUCUGUGGAGACAAUAAUGCAGAGACACAAUGAAUCAGUAGAGAGACAAGGUGGUCCAUGUAAUCGUGAUGACCUUUUAACUCAUAGGUAUGUGCGGCGACAAGAGAGGAGCAUCCGUCGCUCUACUUAUGAACUGGACACAGAUGAUGCAGUUAGCAUUAGCAUGUGGGUUGAAAGCCACCAUAAUCAUGUAUUCUUCUAUGAGGAUUUUAAUAACUCAGAUCCCUUCACUUUGGGUAUUCAAACAGAGUGGCAGUUGCAGCAAAUGAUUCAGUUUGGCAAUCGUGGUCUUCUGGCUUCUGAUUCGAGGUUUGGGACAAAUAAAUUGAAGUAUCCCGUUCACAGUCUUGUUGUGUUCAACUCUGAGAAGAAGGUCAUUCCAGUGGCUUGGAUUAUUACACCAAGAUUUGCUACUGCAGAUGCACAUAAAUGGAUGAGGGCACUUUAUAAUAGGGUCCGUACAAAAGACCCUACAUGGAAGUUGGCUGGUUUCAUAGUGGAUGAUCCUUUAACAGACAUCCAUACAAUCAGGGAUGUGUUUGAGUGCUCUGUACUGAUAUCUUUUUGGCGGGUCCGUCAUGCAUGGCAUAAGAACUUAGUAAAGAGAUGCUCAGAAACAGAGAUGCGUGUUCAAAUGUCAAGACGGCUUGGAGAUGUGGUAGAUGAUAUUUCCAGUGGGCAUGGAACUUUGGAUUUAUUUGAAGUUUUUAUUGAAGAUUUUGUUGAUGGCUCUGAUUUCAUGGAUUACUUCAAGGCAGUCUGGUAUCCUAGAAUAGGGAUUUGGACAGCUGCACUGAAAGCUCUUCCACUGGCCAGCCUGGAGACAUGUGCUGCAAUGGAACUUUACCACAAUCAAUUGAAAGUGAGGUUACUGAGUGAGAAGGAUCCUGGUGUAUAUCAGCGUGCUGAUUGGUUGGUAGAUAAGUUGGGUACAAAAGUGCAUUCCUACUUCUGGCUUGAUGAGUAUUCAGAAAAGGAUGAUUUUGUAAGAUACUGGAAAGAUGAAUGGGCCACUGGUUUGACAGCUUGGCGCAGAGCAUUAAACGUUCCAGACGUUGAUGUUGUCAUGGAAGGCAGAUGUGCGAAAGUUAAUGACCAGUUUGACCGGGAUAAGGUUCAUGUUGUCUGGAAUCCUGGUUCAGAUUUUGCCAUUUGUGAUUGCAGUCUGGCAGAAAUGGGCAACUUGUGUGAGCAUGUAAUUAAAGUUAGAAGGAUAUGUCAUGAGAAAGGGUAUAGGAGGCCGUCUAUUAGCCUACUUCAGUAUAACCAUGCCUUGAUUGACAUGCUAUACUGCCCACCCCAUGAUUCCUUAAUUCAUGAUCAUGCUGUUUCUUUAGCAGUCGCUGUAAACAAGGAAUUAGAUGCACUAGUUGAUUUAGGUAGCAGCCAUUUUACUGUUGAUCCUAUUCUGAAACAAGCUGCAGAAACUAGGGCUGUUCAAAAUUCGGCUUAACCAAACACACCUGUGCCAUUCUGAAAUUCACUUGGUAUUCAGUCAGUUAAAUUAUUUUAGACGAGUAUAUUUUUUGUCAGUUUGACUUUUGAUGGUUGGGAACUGGCUUUACCAUUUUAACCAAAUAUCUCAAAGCUUUCAUUCCUCUCUCAGAACUCUCACUGCUCUCUUCUCUUUAGUCUUUGCUUUUUCACCAAGCAAGGAUGAAGUUUGCUUGCCGAACCUGAUUUCCAAUAUUCAGUUUUUCUGCAAGCUGCCACACGUUAAUUCCCAUCAUUUAUGUGGCGCAGUUUGAUGGAGGCAAGGUGGAUUCUGGAAAAAGGUGUGCUUUGGAGGGUGAGAAUGGAACCAAAAUCUGUAUUUAUAGAGAUAUAUGGGUCCCUAUGCAAUAGAUCUGCUCCUGCGCAAGAAUGGAGAUGGAGUUUAAAGUGCAGAAGUUAGUUGAUUAUGGCAAUGGAUGCUAGAACAAAGACCUUGUGAGGCAAAUUUUUAAUGGAAGCUAUUUUUAACGUUUGUAUCAGCAGCAGACAGGUUAAGGAUGUGUGCUACUUGAUUCUGACCUCAUCUAGGGCCUUUUUUUGAUGAAGUCUGUAUAUCACUUUAUUUUCCAAGAAACUUCAAUAUUUCUUCACCCUUUCCUAAUUUCGUGUGGAAGUUGACAUGGAAUUUGAAGCUGCCGCCAUGUUAAAAAGUUGGGAUAGCAGCCUGGAUUAUUUCCUCCCAUGCUUGAAUAGUUUCUCUCUUCGCCAUCGAGUACUCAAGUAAUUACUGCUCAUUGUUCUUCUACUGAGUGGAUUGGCAGAUGGGAAUCCUAUUACCAAUUUCUAAGUUUGAAAAAUUUCUAGUUUUGCUUUGGGGAGUUUGGAAUAGUUACAAUUUGUUUAUCAUUGAAGGAAAAAGAGACAAUGCAUGUAAUUCUCAAAUCAGAAGCCUGUUUAUUAUGCAGAAUUGCCAAGCCCAGCAACAAGUUGAACCCGGCCCUUGUCGACCAAUAGAUUAGAUGGAGGGUUCCUGAGAUGGAUUUCAUUAAGGUUAUUGCAGCCUCCAAUUUGGCAGCAGGUAGCUCUGUGGUAGGUCCUGUUCUUGGGGAUGCAGAUGCACAAUUUCUUUGGUCACUGACAAAAUUUGGUGGUCAAGAUGUGGUGUGGCUCUAGCAGAAUGUAUGGCACUUUGAAUAGCUCGGGAAUCUGUUGAUCCUAUUUGAUGGCCGUUUGUGGUUAUAGAGGGUAAUUCCAUGUUUGUUUUCUAGAGCUUAUUGAAGAGGGAACUUGAGAGACAGCAGUUUUUGAAGACCUUACUAGUUUCUGUAAUUCUUUUCUUCUGGUGUUUUCUUUCUUUUGUUGGGUGAAGUGGCGAUAUGGAUGCACAGUCUUUAGCCUAGUUGGCUAUAGAUUGUGAAGCUCAGUGUCUCCUUCAAAACAGAGUUCCAACCUCUCUGGAACAUUUUGUAUUGGAUGAUUUCCUUUUUCUUUUUUUCUUUUUGCAAUAAAAUACAAAGCUUUUCCCUUGGUGA